AAAAAACCUGAAAGUUUGAUUUUGAUCAAAAUUCAUCGGCUUUAAAUUCACACUUGUACAUAUAUCAUAUAAUAUUAGAUUCAGCCAUCAAUUUGGGAUGAGCAGUUCUUCCUCAACGACGACGACGACAACUUUGUUCUUUUCGGGAUGUAAUUUGGGUCAUCAAUUCUUUGGGAAAAAUCAAGAAUCAGAGAAGAGAAAUGGUUUGUAUGAGAAGGGUUGUUAUUCGGCUCCUGCUCCUUCGAUUUCUUCUUCUUAUACACCUACAUUUGCGUUCGGAGCUGCAGCAACUAUGAAUUUCUUGAAUAAUAAUAAUAUGGGCCUGGCAGCUUCUUCUCGUGAUGGCGUUUCUAAAAGUAAUGAAAAUGAUGCUGCGAGAAGAGCCUUGCCUGAUAUGACACCUGUUAGAUUGGAGGAUUUAGGAGUGGAUAUUUCAUUUUCUAGAAGAAGAAGAAAUGAAUUGGACGAAAGUGUCUAUGUAAAGAAAGUGAGCUGUGGAAAGGAUUUUAUUUAUAUAUUAUUGUCUGAUAAUAGAGUUAUUUCUAGAGGAGGAAAUCGUUAUGGUCAACUGGGAUUAGGUCACAGACAAGAAAUUUGUGAUAGUGUUAAUGAUUUUCUUCCAGUAACUGUGAGUCAUAACGAAACAAUUGAGGAUAUUCAAUGUGGAGCUGAUUUUGCCUAUUUUCUUACAAAGAGCUCUAAUAUCUACAGCGUAGGAAAUGGUUCUUAUGGUAAAUUGGCAACAGGAAAUUUUAAUAAUGUUCUCAUUCCAACGAGAGUGAAAAGCUCAUUAUUUAAUUUUAGAAUUAUAGAACAUGUUGCUUGCGGGCAUAAUCAUGUAGUUUUCAUUAACGAAGAUGGUGAAGUGUAUGGAUGUGGAGCUAACUUCUCCGGCCAACUUGGUCUAACCCACAGCAAAGAUAUGUAUAUUCCAGAAAAUUGUGAAUUCUUCUCAAAGAAAAAUAAUAGGGUUGCCGUAGCAGGCAGUUGUGGAGAAUGUCACACAGCUGUAUUGACCUCAGCUGGCGAAAUUUAUGUGUCAGGAGAUUCCAAGAGAACUCACACUAAUUAUUUUACAUUCUUUGCCUCGGAUGCCAUUGGAGUAUUUUGUGGACGUUUUCACACAAUUAUUCAAAUCACUGAAAGAAUGCUCAGGGUUUCUGGAAAUAACAAGUACAAACAGUUGAGCAUUCCACACAAGUCAACAGAAGAAUCCUUUGCAAAAGUAAUGAUUGGAGAGCAAAAAGACAAAAUUACAAACAUUUCAACAAGUGAAUAUCACACCAUAUUCAUUUUAAAUGAUUGUGAGGUGCAUUCAUGUGGUACAAACAGAUCCUACGUUUUAGGAACCAACAUAUUUAGCAAUGACACUACAUGUGAUCGUGUCGUUCCAAUCAAAUCCUUUCCUCCAAAGAAGGGUUACUCUCUCAAAUGCUCCUCCAAUGUAGAAAGCAAUGUAUUUUAUUGGACGAAGGAAUUUUCCAAUAUUCAAAAACAUUUUGUAUUCAGUUUUGAUAGAUUAAUCUCAUUUGCUGACAUAACAAUUUCUUAAAUUUGAAAUUGAUUACUACAUUCAAGUCUAACUCCAUUUAAUCAAACUUGUAUUGAGAAAUACCCAACUAUUUAAUAUUAAUUGAUUUAUAACAUUCACCAAUUGUAUUUCAUAAAUCUGAAGUGAUUUUUGGUGUUGCCAUAUU